AUGUCCAACCCGUUCCGCAAGAAGCUCCCCGGCACAAUCGACACCUCCCGCACCGGUUCUCCCAAAUCCAGCAUGCGUGCCGAAGACACCCAGCCAGGCGACAAGAAGAACAAGCCCGUCAAGAAGGUCCGCGUGCUCUCUCCGCCGCCGUUGUCGCCCGACUCCCCGGAGUGGUCUUUUGAUGCGGCGCAACCGCCGGCGCCGUUAUCCUACGAAAACUACAACUACGCUAGCUACUAUCCGAGUUUUGACCCGUUUAAUGGUGCGUCGACGGAUGAGAGUGAUCGCGACAGCACGGCUACGCCGCCGCCGCCGCCGCCGAAUCAGCGCGAGCAGCAGUACAAGAAGCAAGAUGGGAUGAAUAGUGGCACCCCUGCGAAUCCAUUCAGCAAGACGCUUCAGGAUAUAGAGGGCUCAAAGGAGCUGCAGAAGGAGAGGGAAGAGGAGGGGGAGGUGCUGAAGGCGGCUAAUGAGGGGCGCAAGUCGCUGAAUGUCGAUUCGUUUAAGAGGUUGCUUAUGACGGGGAAUGCGGGCGAUGAUGCGUCGUCUGUGUCGACAGACCGUGGGGAUGAAGCUGAAAAGAUGAAGACGAGUGGCUCUGCGGCGGAAAUUAGUACUGGGAGGAGGACUGAGUAUCCGGGCAGUUCGGCCGACUCUUCAGAUAGUCACGAGGAAGAGGAGGGAUCAAAGACGUAUUCUGCAUCACAACUGAGCAAGGAGAAGAAGGCGCCUCCUCCGCCGCCGAGUUCCAGACACGGCAAAUCAUUAAAACAGCAAGGGGUAAAUGAUGUGAAAGCCGAUAAGGACGAUGGAUACGGGCCAUCGACACCCGCAAGAAGGAGUAUGGACGAUGAAGAACUGCCACUUGAUGUUGACGCUACAAAGGUGUCUGUGGGAGAAGCCGACGCCGAACCACAACUCAACUCUACCCAAAGCAUGCCGAGUACAAAGAAAUCAGCACCCGCGCCCCCUCCACCGCGCGGCCACGCCAAAUCAGACAGCAGAUCGAACGAUAUCGAGGCUCCAGUACGGACGUCUUCAGACGGAAUGCCCUCUCGUUCAGACAGCACCCGCUCAACCGGACUUGCGCCCGCACCACCUCCACCCCGAAGACCAUUUGCCGCUCCCAAACAAACCAGUUCCACCUCAUCGCCCAGCGUAUCAUCAUCCAACGUCCCUCCAUCAACGGACCAAGCCGAAGACAACACCACACAGUCUCAACACGACACGCCAACGCCCUCCAAAUCCUCAGUAGCACCGCCGCCCCCUCCAGCCCGUCAACUUUCCACCCGUCGCCCCGCAAGUGUCACUGGCGUCGACGCACCUAGUCGACGAAUCUCGUCGGAGAACAAAUCACGCGAGGGUGUGCCUCCCCCGCCUCCGCCUCGACCGCGGCACCGUGGCAGCAGCCCCGGUGAUGGUAGGAAAGUCAGCGGCGAGGCAUAUCGGCCUAGUGAUCCGGGAAAGAGUGCGGAUAUCCUGGCUGAUUUGGAUGCGUUGCAGAGGGAGGUGGAUGCGUUGAGGGGCCAGAUGAAGUAG